AUGGCCACAGAGCUCAAAGCCCAGGACCUCACUUGCGCGCGGAUGCCAAACUUGAAAGUCGGUUAUUCAACGACCUCCUCCCAUUCCACGCACAAUCUCGAAUUCAGGGCCAGUCUUGUGCACUGGAAUACCUUUGAACGCGAGGUUCGCCGGGUGUUUGAUGGCGUUCGCUGGGACGCACAAACGGAGAUACUUGCAUAUGCUCCGCCAUCAAAUGGUGGCGGAACUGGCCCGAACCACACGUUGAAUGAACAGCUCUUCUGUGGAGACGAGCAUAGCACCGUGGCACGUUUUACUCAAAACGUUUGCCAUGUCAUGACAUCUGUGCUCCAAUCUCUCGGUUGCCGGGCGCGGUUCGGAGAUUUCAAAACCUGCAGUGAUACCACUAUCAGCAACAAGGUCCCCGAUUUUGUUCUCCUUGGUGACCGUGGCAGCCUCAGAGUUGUUCAGGAAGCAAAAACUCCGAAUUGUUUCGGGCAAAUCUCUCGGUACAUGUUCAUCUCCCGGGCGAAAUACGGCUUUCUCACGACAUAUGACCAAGCGAUCUUCUUCAACCAAGCACCACACCCCCACGAGGGAAAGGCAGACAAGCACUGGGCACUUUGGCAUUCAAAUGUAAUUGAACAUAGAACCUCGUCUACCAAGGUGGCCCCCCAGAGUGAUUUCACUGCCUACCGAGGCAAGGUGUCACUCCGGGAAUACUUUCUCUUCCUCGGCAUCAAGACAUUCAGUGACUCUCUAAGAAGCGCAAACCCGAUGAAAGAGGACAGUUGGGUUGGCUCCCUAAGCAAGCGAAAGUAUAAUGACUCAGAUUACAUCUCUCCGCCCGGCUCUUCUAGCUCUUCCGACUCUUCUUCGGGAGGCGCAUCAGACACCGAAAGAGGGCGGCCAAGACCACAGCCGGCUCUUUCGGUCUCAGGUCGAAGCCAACCGUCGCAGUCCCCUCCGCCUCCAGUUCAACCGACUCUUCCAGGAUCGCAGGGUCGGAGCCAGCCGUCACGGACCCCUCAGCCUCCGGUAGAACCUGCUCACUCAGCAACAAGUCGAAAUCAGCCAUCCCGAACCCCCCAGCCUCCGGCACAGCCUACCCUUUCAACAACAAGCCGAAGCCAGCAAACCCGAUCCUCCCAGCCUCCUCCGCAACCUCAGACGCAGUCCCGGACCAUGCCAACUACGCGAUCUCAAUCCCGGGCGAUGAAGGAGCUAGAGGACCGUACAAGGGCCCUGGGUAUAUCAGAUUCACGCCAGACGCGACCCGCGCAGGCCUCAACUCGUGACAUUGUCACGGUGUACCAUAACGGGACGACUUAUUAUUACAUCGAGGGGGUCGACAGGUAA